CUCACAAGCCCGAACUGUCACAACAAACCAGCCGACAGGGAGCAAACAAAAUUGCUCUGCUGCAAAAAGCAAAUUGCUUCCAUAUUAAGUAUUUCCUCCCUGCGGGAAAGAUGUAUGAAAGUUGCGUUGUUUAGCGCCAGUGACAGUGCGGGAAGUGCCAGCAAGUGACUGUAAAUACGACCACACGGUGCCGCAGAAAACAUGUUCCCCGAAACGUUGGUCUUUGCGCUAGCGCUGUUCAUCACGGGCGCUAUCCUUUUCCUGCUGAUCUACUACCUGAUUAUACUGUCCGAUCUGGAAUGUGAUUAUCUGAAUGCACAGGAAUGCUGCUCGAAGCUGAACUUCUGGUCCAUCCCGAAGCUGGCCGCACACGCCUUUCUUACGUUCGUGCUGCUCAUCCACGGGCACUGGAUGCUCUGUCUGGUGAAUCUGCCGAUGGUGGGAUGGCUGGUGUACGAGCAGUACCGGGUGCCGGCCGGCAACAUUGGCAUUUACGAUCCGGCCGAAAUCCACAACCGUGGCAUGGUGAAGAAGCACCUGCGGGACACGAUGAUCGGAUUGGGCUUUUAUUUGAUUAUCUUCUUCGUCUAUCUGUACUGCAUGAUAAUCGCCUUACUGAAGGGAGAUCCGAUUAGGCGGCACGAAGAGGAGGAAAUCGUAACCGAAUUCUAAAAUACUCAACUCAAACGGGGAAUGGCAGUACGACCGGACGAGUUUCGGCGAUUGUCGCACUCUUAAAUUAUUCUAUUAUCGCUGUACGUCACCUUUUUACGAAUAUUUGCUCCAUCUGUAGGCACUCUUUGGGAACGCCGUUGCCAAUGUGAGAUUAGUCAAGAUUAGUGUAUUAUGAUUUCUCGAAACCAGUCUACUUCCUCUAGCCAAAGAAUACUCUCGAAGUGUAAGUUGUUUGCAUUAAAAUAAACUCAUUGUGGGACGAAUAAGAAGACGAA